UUUCCGCUGGUUAAAAAGAGGCUGCGCAUGUGCAGCCAGUCCAUCACAUGUAUGAGCUCUGUGGAUCAGUAACUCAAACCAUGCUGUUAUUUUACAUGCAGUUCGCCUGAAGUUAAAGAACGCUGGUUAGAUACUGUUCACAGAAAAAUAACAGAGGCAAAGAAGAGGACCGCUACGAUUUCACCACCGCCAAGUGUCCUCAUGAAGGUCUUGAGCAGCACCACCGCAAAUAAAGCUCUGAGUGGAGGAAGAAUGGAGGACAGUCUCAUUGACCUGCAAGUUAAUGCUCUCCAUGACAACGGCAAUGUCUCCUCCCUGCAGGGCAAAACAGAGUCGGGGAUUGCAGAACAUGAUGGUGGUAAGAAGAGCCUGUUCUCCAAGUUGAAAAGAAGAGACACGCACACAGGCAUAUCCACAAAGCCAGGACACAAGACAAGCCAGCUGUUUGGCCAGACUCUCCCUGGAGAUGCUAAAAUCCCCAAACCCAUUGUUGAGCUUCUUAUGCUGUUGUGGAGGAAAGGUCCUGAUACUGAGGGAGUUUUCCGGAGACCUUGUAACAGCAAGAACCUGAAUGCUGUCCGUGAUCAACUCGACUCUGGAGUUGCGGUGGAUUUGGAAGCACUGCCUGUGACUCUGUUGGUUGGAUUGUUAAAGAUGUUCCUGAGGGAGCUUCCAGGAAGUCUGCUGGUGGCCGAGCUCUAUGCUGACUGGAUAGAAGCACUGGAGAACAACGAGAAUGAGAAGAGAUAUGAUGAAUUGAGAAGGAUCGUUUCCAAACUCCCUAAAGCCAACACCCUCCUGCUAAAGCACCUGCUCUGUUUGCUAUACCACAUUAUCCAGCGAACAGAGAAAAACAAAAUGGAUCCCAAAAACCUGGCUAUCUGCAUUGCACCGACUCUCCUACAGCUCAGCAGCCAGCCUCUAGACGUGACCACAGUCAAUAAGGUGACAAAUUUAACCCAGUUCCUGAUUGAAAAUUGUUGUCAAAUCUUUGGAGAAGAUAUCCUGACUUUGCUUGGAGAUCCAGAAGAAGAGCUGGGUCAAACCUCAGAUACCAUGUCUUCACAUCAGCGUGAUUCAGCGUAUGACAGCACCGAUGGAGAGAGUGGAGAGGCGACAGGACAGAUGCAACAAGCAUGUCCUCACAUCCAUGUCCAGUGUUCAAUCAAUCAUUCACACUCCUCAGAAGACAUUUUUGAGACUUUCACCAAGCCUUUCGACCGGCGCAGCUCUGAGCCUGCCAUCUUUUCUUCGUCUGGCGUGAAGGACCUCCGAUUUCUGGCACGGAGUCAUGAUGACUGUUCUUCUGCUAAAGAGUAUGAUGAACAGCAGUUGAAGAAGCAAAAUUCUGAUGACUCAUUUUUACAAGGACAGAGGACAAAAUUGCAACCUUUACUGAGAAAAACGGCUGGCAGUCUAAACCUUGAAGUACCAGAUUUCAUCAAAACCUGCUCCUUCUCAUCAUGUUCUCUGGAAAGCACCAACUCAAACUUAUCUGAAAAUUCAGUGUUUGUGAACUCUCCUUUGCCCUCACCAUCCAGCCCUCGGAAAACACAACCUGAGGGACACGUGUCUCUUAACAUGAAAUCCAAAAUGGACACAAAUUCAAGGCGUCCAUUUUCAUUUAAGCGAGCCAAAAGCCUGGGAAGUUUCUCAAUUAACAGGGCAAGCGGCAAGAAAACAGAUUCACAAAAAGAGGGCACUUUCCCAUGUGGAACAUUGCAGGAGGACUCUCAGAAUGAGGCAGAGCUUCCGGAUGAGCCAGUGAGGCGCCAACGGCCGCUCUCUGCUAUAGAGGUCUUUGAUCAUGUAGACAAACGUGACCCUGGCAGUCCCCCAUCCUACCAACAAGCUCUCGUUUCCGGGGUCCUUCCGGCACCUCCCAAAUACCGUUCCAUGACUGUUCAAGAUGCAAGAGAGCUGGGGCAAAGAUCUCGGCCCAUCUCUAUGAACGAUUACAUCCUGGACCCUUAUAAUGUUAGCCAACAUUUGGACAAUUUUAACUUCUCCGACGAUGGUAUAAUUGCACCUCAGCAGAGCUCAUUUAGGCAAAGAGCCAUGUCGGAGUCAAUAGGCUGCACCAGGAUUGAAAAGCACAAUCGUCGGUGCAGUCAGCCCGUGUUCGAGGAGGUCUCAUAUGCAAAGGAGUCAUAUGUGUAAAUUUGUAUUUAGCUUUUUGUUGUUUUCACAAUGCACUUGUUAGUCUGAGACAUUCCCUGUAAGGCAGUGUCAUUUUUCUCUUUCUAAAAGCUAUUUAAUAUGCUAAUGUAAAAAAUAAUAUCACCAGUGUGAAGCUAUGUUUAUGUAAAUAUAUACCAAUAUGUAAAUAGAAUAGCCUCUUAAAGAAAUGGUUUGGCAAAAUCAAUUAUUUACUUUUGCACUGGAGCUACAAAGCUAAUAAUGCUAACAAGUAAGAUACAUCUAUCUCACCAAAAAUUGCUGCCUUAAAUCACACCAGUGACUUCAACAAAACUUCAGUGUAGCUGAGCACAGUAACGUUAUGGUGGCAGCCAUCUUAAAAGGCAAAUCUCUUUUUUCCUUAAUCUUAAGUAGGCAACAUUCUGCCACCCUAGACUCUGCCUCCCAAAGUUUGAAAGUGGAAUGACACCAGAAACUGAAAGUUAUCAAAACCAUCUCUCUAAAAUCUUUGAAGAUUUGAGCAUGUGUUUGUAAAAAAGAAACCAGGUCAGCAACGCUAUUUCGAUUUUGCUCAGGUUCCAAACAAUAAAACAAUCACGUUUGGCUGAUUGACUACAUUUGCACAAAUUAGUGUAUAUUUUGUUUUAACCAUCAAUUCCAGAGUGUUUGACUAAAUAGUUCAUUCUUAGUUUUCAGCCUCUGGCAUGUACAUAAUGACACUUGUAAAUUAGAUAUAUAUUUGUUUGUGUGUAUGUGUAUUUUAUGUUAUUCUCACUUUUUUCACUACAAUAAACUGCAUGUUCUAAGAA